UCUUCUUCUUCUUCUUCUUCAAAUGUUUACCAUAAAUCUGCCACUGCCUUCCUUCCUCGGCUCUCCCCAUUAAUUACUCCACUCUUCACUCUCUUCUUAAGAAUGUCCAAGAGUUUAGCUGCCAGUGAUGAAAAGGAGAGGCAAAAGGAGAGGCAAACAAAGGCAAUUUGGGAUGAUGUUACUGUUGAUUCAUUCAUAAAUGUCUGUAUUACUGAGACUUUAAAUGGGAAUAGACCUCAUGGCCAUUUUACCAAAAUUGGAUGGAGGAAUGUAGUUAAGAACUUCCAUGCAAAGACAGGAAGAAACUACGGAUACAAGCAGCUCAAAAACAAAUGGACGACACUCAAAAAAGACAGGCAGGUCUGGAAUGAUUUGAUUGGAACUGAUAAACAAUUAGGAUGGGACACUCAGAGGCAAACCAUUGAUGCCACUAGUCAAUGGUGGGAUAGCAAAUUGAAGAUUCUUCCUGAGGCAACUAAGUUUCGUGCAAAAGGACUGCAAAAUGUGGAGCUCUUGAACAUUCUCUUUAAAGAUGUUGCAGCAGGCAAUGGAGGAGGAGCAUGGGUGCCAACCCCAACUCGGGUUGUUUUACAUAAGUCUUCAAGUGAUGACACAAUAGGAGACACAAAGUUGAAUGAGAAUGAGUUUAUUAACAAUGUUCAAAGUAACACUAACACUAAUGAAGUUAAUACGAGUGCUGCAACUUAUAGUCAAGGCAGUGAGAAAAGGAGGAAAAAAGUACAAGAUUCAAAAGUUGGAUCGUCUUCUUCGAGGUUGUUCGAGGCAUUAGAUCGUCUUUAUGAUGCCAUAGAAUACAGAAGAAGAGAUUUACCAGGAUGUAGUACACUUGAAGUAAUGGAAACUUUAAGGGGGAUGCCUGGAAUUGUGGAAGGUGAUGAGUUGUAUAUGAAGGCUGCUGAUAUCCUUAUCAAAAGAGAAAAUAGGGAGAUGUUUGUUGCUUUAAGAAAGCCUGAGAUUCAAAUUACAUGGCUUAAACAAAAAAGAGUUUGACAUAAAUGCACAUUAUACAUACAAAUAUAGAGUAGUUUGGGUUUAACCCGAUGUAAUCAAUAGAACUAUGGGGUUGUAAAUGCAAAUCCAUGGUUUAUCAAUGCUAGCUGCUCCUUUCUACCA